UCUUAUGUGUUGUCAGCGCAUUCACAGUGUGGAUGGGAAAAUAGGAAUUGUCUUUAGUCCGACCCAGAGUGAAAAGAGAGAUUUAAUUCGCGAGUGAAACUGACGUCGACCCGGCGAGAUAGCAGCUUUAAAAUAAAUAAAAUGAAGCUCCUCGGAAAAGGAUGUUACUUGCUUCUUAUCGCCUUCUCUUUAGUCGGUCCUACUGAUCAGUAACUGCUGUGUAUUGGGAGUUGUAAAGUGCAAAGAAUGGAAACAGUCCAUUAAGUCCACGGGGCCACACAGUGGCACAGCUGGAGGAACUGCUGCCUUGCAUUCCCAGUGACCUGGGUUUAAUCUGAAGCUGCAGUGCUCAAUGUGGAGUUUGUACAUUCUCUCGGUGACUGUGGGUUCCUUCUGGUCUUGCAUUUCCUGGCUAACUGCCUGCUGUCUGAUACUUGGUCAGAUCAGCACAGUGACAGUCACUCCUUCACUUCCAUUUGGUCCUAUCCUGACCACUUCGACUGAUGCAAAUGACCAUAACAUCAACACUUCAGAGAGAAGUGGCAUCACCACUCAUUCUCCUGUGACCACUGUUUCCUUGCCUUCAAACUGCACAGGCUUGAACAUCUCUUCUUGUGUCCCAUGUUCUCCAGGCCACUUCCCCAAUAAUGCAUUCUUGAACUGCUCCUGUUGUCUUGGUGGAUCCUGUCUUGCUCCAGAGGAUUGUCUGAUGUGCCCACAAGGUUACUACCAGCCUCUGGCUGGACAUGAUGCAUGUCUGCCUUGCUCAAAAGGUGCCUACACAAAUUCUACAGGGAGCACAGCAUGCCAAUCCUGUGAAUCUGGGUUCUAUGCCAAUGAAACUGGUUCAAAAGCCUGUCAAGACUGUCUCCCAGGUUACUUCUCUGAGGUGAAUGCAAGUAUCUGUGAGUCUUGUGCUCAAGGAUUGUUUUGCAACACAACUCGCUGUACUAAGUGUACGAUCUGCCCUGGUGGAGAGGAAACUCUAUCUACAGCUGCUACAGAAUGCACAGACUGCCAACCAGGAAUGUACAAGCCACCAAAUGAGCUGCUCUGUAGAAUGUGCCAAACUGGAUAUUACCAGAUAAAGAUGGGACAGGAGAGCUGUAACCUGUGUCCUGAACGGCAUUAUUGCCCUAGUCCUGAUGUGAUUCCAGUUCUCUGUCCAAAUGAUGCAUUUUGUCCACCUGGAAGUACUGCUCCACAGUAUUGCAUGGAAACCUUUUUCUCCAAAUCAGGAGAUCACUGUGUGCUCACACCACUGGCCAUAUUCCUGCUUGUGAUCAUUGCCAUCUUUAUUUUGCUGGUGAUUAUUGUACUAAUUGUACGUCGCAAAAAGGAAGUCAAACGAAGGGACCCAGUUCGAUCCCCGUUACUGAGCAAAGAGCCAAUCCCUGGCCAAGACGCUCGGCUGUCAUAUGGAAUUUCCUGGGAUUCAGAACCAGUGUAUGCAGGAUGGUAAUUGUGGCUCAAUAAUUCCUUUGCAUACCAAAGAUUUGGGGUCUGGCUCGCAAGAACACUUUGCACAAUUCUAAGCAAAGAAAACAGUUGUGCAUCUGAACAUGGCCUGUAUCAUCUCACUUGGAAGCCAGUUUGUGAAGCCACACUCUUGCCUAUUUCAAGGUGGUGGUGAAUUCUAGAUCACAAGCAACUUUUUAAAAAUCUUUUGUUACUAUUUGGCAUCCUGCCUUCUCUCUCUGGGAGGAAACGAUGGGAUUUCCUGGUCAGAGGUAUUGUCAGUGUGAUCAAAUGGUCUGUUUUGUUGUACCCUUUUUGAAACAAUGCUACCUUGGCAACUCUAUGAAAUGCACCUGGUGUUGUUUGUCCUGGAAAUAGAAUUUGUGGUUAAAAUUGAUUCCUUGCAUCACUGGAUUGCCUCAAAUUCACCCAGUCACCUCUUGCUUUUUAUUCAAGGAAUUGCACUUAUGACUGUACUAAGUUCACUUGUUUUUACACUAAAACAAGCUGAGAUACAAAGAUCAAGAUGGACAGUGUUAAUGAUUAUAUUUUGCACUUUUUUGUAUGUAUUGUAUUGUCUUUUGGCGAAAGAAUUUUUCAUUAGAAAUCUACUGACUAUUGCACCUUAACCACAUUUUAUAAGCCUAGCCUGUUGAAAGAUGCUUUGUUUUAUUUUGGAAGGUGGGUUGGGAACUGCUCAUUAAUUUUGUGGUACAGUGCACAAUGAGGCAGUGAACUCUGGAAACUUCAUCUCAUUACCAACUAUGGAAUAAUUGUCUGAAUAUGCUGUUUUUAAAUGUCCUUGUGAUUUUUGUAUAUGAAAUUUUUGUUUUGGAAUGUUUAAAUGUAAGUAUAUUUGCAGUAAGACUGGCUAAUGUUGAGCAGAAAAUUCGUCAAUUUACCUUCUGAAAGUUUGUUUUAAAAUGCCAUAAUUUAGCUGCACUUAAAUGUAUCCAAGGUACCUUGUUUCGGCUUUAGUGGAUUUCCAAUUUUCUGGAUUUAGACUAGAAAGGACCAAAUAUAAAAUGGCACCAGGUGAGUUUUUUUAUUAAUAGUAAAGCAUUGGGUAGAGUGCUAAUCAACACUCAUGAUAAGCUUUCUUAUUAUAGAUUAGCCCUGGGAGCUACUUUAAAGGUAUCUUAUAGUUGAAUAAACUUUUUUACUGGGUAAAAUUUAAAAUGCUUAAGCUUAAAUACACAUCUUUAAAUCUUUAACCAUCAGCUCCUGACCACCCCAAACACCUGGAUUGUCACUUUAAAAUUUGCACGUGUAAAGUUGUUCUCCACAAGUCUUUGCACUCAACACAUGGUAGUCCUAAUCUGAGGCACAGUAUACAUACAGUUAUGCAGGUAUAUUUUAUGACUUUUAGAUUUUAUUUAACAAUAUGAAAUUGUAUAUUGAAAGCAAAUGUGAUGGUGUUUUGGGGAACUUUGUAUGUUUAAAAGCACAGCCAAACCUUCAGUAUCUUCAAUGACCUCACUGCUUUUUUUUAAAAAAAGAAUUGAAAUGAAGUGGUAUGCUGAAUUCUGAUUUUUUUUUUCUUUUAAACAUGUUACAGACUCUGGUUUUUCCACAAAGGUGUACUUUAGUAUCCUGUGAUAGUGUAAUUGUUUUGAACUGUAAUGAUUUUUUUAAAAAAAUAAACUAAUUAACAGGAUUUUUUUAACAAGCACUGGACUUGUUUUUACAGAAUAGUAUGGAGAUUAAAC